GUUUCGGAUUAAAUUACAGUGUUUUGCAUUAUCGAGACAUGAAAUUACAGAAUCACUUGUAUUAUCAGUAAUAGCCUCGCGAUUCUCUGAUUCGCACCUGAUUCAAUCUCGAUGCACGUGCUGAAAAGAAUAGACGGUUUCGCAAUGCGUUCGAGAAAUGUCACUCGUUAAUCGUCCUUGUAUCCUUUAAAAAAGACCCCUUAUCUCGUAAGAUAUAAACAAGAUAGACUUGAUUUUUCGUUGCUCCGAAAUCGUUAAUUUUUCGCUGCGGCCACACGCAAUUAAAGAGUACUAGGUGUCCACGAGACGGAUUGCCGGUGGUAAGAAUCUCGAUAUCGAGACACUAUGAACUCGUGCAGCAAGAAGAACGAGGAUGUAUUGGCGCGAGUCCUGGAUUUGUUUCUCCUGCCAGAUUACAAUGUCGUCUCGACGACCUAUCUAGAUCACUUGCUCAGCCACAUUGCAGAAAACACAAAGGAUCGUGACACAGUCGAUUAUGAAUACUGCGAGGUCUUUCAAAAAUGGAUAUCAAAGGCUUUGAUGGUAUGGGAAUCUGGACAGAAGGUUUCACAGCCUGUGAUUACAUUUACGUUGAAACUUGUGGGGAUUAUUUCACGACACGAAUUACGUUAUCACUAUUGGCAAUGCCAGGAUGUAUACAACAGGCUCUACAAAAUUCUGCAAUUGCAUAGAGAUGACUUGCCUGCGUCUGUUAAAAUGGCAUAUACGACAAUGUUGUUAGACUUGAUUGUUCAUCGAAGUGGCAGGCAAUGGGUGGUAAAAUCUGGUGUGUGGAAGGACGUUGUAAAGUGUGCGCAUUGGAAUCACACGAUGUAUGUUACAAGGGAGAGCCAGAAAUUCUUAUCAACAUUGCUAUUGCAUGAACAAAAAAAUAUCGAAGCUUGUACAGAGAUCAUUUUGGAAGUUGCUGCUCCUUUGAUGAACAAUACUGUAGAUGCUCAGCUACAUCAAGCGCUCGAGGAGACAUAUCUGGAACAGAAUAGAUUGUUAUGUGCCACAUUGGAUCUAUUGACAAGUAUCUUGGAAAAUACACUGUUUGUGAGUCUGGACAACAGCAUUCCUGAACUGCUCGAGAAACUCGUAAAUCUUGAGAUGCGGGUGAAAGCGCUAUUCGAGGCAUGCAUCAGCACCCGUUUUCUCCAACAUGUGCACAAAUUGUUGCUGCUGUUGCUGUUCCUAAAGUUGAAACAAGGAAUCAAAGAACACACUAAUCAGAUUGAUGCUGAUGCAUGGCAAAAGUUCUGUUAUAGUUUAUGCUAUAUUUCUAUGAUGCUACUUUCGAAGAAGUACAUCAUAGAAUUAGUGAGGAGUAACAAGUUUGCCAUGAUAUACUGGAAGAAGCUGCUCGCGUUACGAGAAAUUCUUUUGCCAGAGGAACACAAGUUUGAACAUCAAGCUAUUGCGCUCAUGAUAUUACCAUUGUGCCUGUGUAUAAAGAAGAAUCAUUUAAAUCACGAUUUCUUUGAUAUGUUCAUUAAUAAACUUUUUGAUGUAACGUGUACCACCGUGCAAAGAUUAGCAUACAAUAUGAGGGAUAUCAUACGAAAGGAAGAUUUUCCAAUGGAACAAAUUUGCAAAGUGUCUAUUGAUCUGCUGCUUGAAAUAUUAGAUAUAAUGGAUAGAGACGUAGCAGUGAUCGCCUUUCAAGCUUUAUGCCACGUUUUAAAAAGUUACUUGCCAAACAUAUGUGGGGAAACAAGGACUAAUGUAUCAUCGAAUAUGAACAACACUUUUCCUUCGGAACAUCAGCAAAAGUUUCGCUACAAAUCGAUAUUGGAAGGUGAUAUAGCUCAAUAUCCUACUUUACUGGCAUCACUGCUCGACGGAUUAACCAUCAUGACAGAGAGAUUUAAAUUGAAGUGGCAGGAAUGCGUAGAAACGAUAUGCGUAUUAUACCUUGCGCAAGGAAUCCUCAAUCAUUCUGGAAUACUACCAAUGAUUUGCGUGAAGGCAUUGAAGCUAUGCAAGCUCGCCAUCCAUAACUUUAUGCCGCCUAAUAUGGCGUUACUCGUGGACUCGGACAGUCACAUGAACGAGAUAGGACCUCUGCUCUUCAAGAGGCUGCACGAUCCUAAUUGGGAAGUAAGAGACAGCGUUCUCGAGGUUCUCAAUACCAUUGCAACGAUUUCUGAAGACACAUAUCCGGCGUUUCAAGACUUCUUGUUGAUUAAUCAAUUUCCAAAAGUGGCUAUCGAAAUUGUCAAAACGGAUGGCGAAAGUUAUGUGCGAGCAUCAGCAUUAACGUUCAUUGCGACUAUCGUACGCAUCAACAAACUGUGGCAUCAACAGUUAUCACAAGUAGAUUUAACUGAAAUGGCGAUUUAUUUACUCGAGAACGAGAGCGAAGCGAUAGUGAGAAGGGAGGCUGUGAAUCUAAUUAAAGAAUUAUAUGUCCAUCAGAAAUGGUCAAAGGAAGUUAUCGAUUCAAUGUUACGAGCGAUGUCGAUGGCGGCUGUGUUUGAUCUGCAUUGGGAGGUGAAAAUAAAUGCUUUGAUGUUUUGGGAUCAUUUUGUCAAGUCGCAUUUGACGGAUCAGGGGAUGCUCGACGAUUCGUUUCCAAACGUAACGUUCUCCAAAGAGCACAGAAAGAUUAUGGCGUUAAAUGAGACAGAAAUUAAGAGGAGGUUAAAUAAAGCAUUGGAUGAGCUAGCGAGGCAAAGUUGCUUAGGUGUACUCCUAGUCACUCUGAAGGACGAUAGCGACUUUGAGGUAUGCAAAGCAUCUGCUACGAUAAUUGACAAACUGAAAUCUUGUCUACUUAAGUACAAACUGGACGAACCGUCGUCACCAGUGAAAAAUAGCGCGACGAUAGAUACCGUCUACAUUAAAGAGACAUCACCGGUACCUUCGCCUCCUUCCGAUAAAGAAAUGAGAAACUCUUCACACGUCAUCGAAGAGAUCGUGGACGAAAAUGACACUAAUCUAUUAGCGGCUAUCUACAAGAGCUCCAUGAACAUGGACGGCGAAAUGACGAAGGAAGAGGAGAAGAAGAUGCUCGAUUAUAUCUCAUCCGUGACACGCCAGGACUUUCUCCGCGCUAUUUUUAAUUGCGAUAUCAAUGCUUAUAUCGAGGAAAAGAACCGCUGGUUAAAAACAUACACUAGUAGCUUCGAAUCGAUUCUGGACGAUAUACUGACGAUGUACAAGCAGAAAAACAUUAAUUCUAUGGACUGUUACUAA